UACGUCACAGUACGUGGGGCGGGGCGAAGCAGUGACGGGGCGCGUAGUGGCUAGUCCUCGGCGGAUAAACAUACCAGAGUGAAAUCUAUCUAACCACCAGAAUGAACCUAAUGGUCUAAUAAAGAUCCUAAACAUGGGACUCAUCAUUCUAAGCCAACUCCAUAUGAUUAUGUGUUCAUUUAUAUUUUAUUAAUCCGUUGUUGUCAGUGUUUUUAAAAUGAUGGAGUUCCUGCUGCAGGUCAAAGUUGGAGCUUUGGUCGGGUUGCUCUUUUUAACCCUGCUUUUUGGACUCAUCCCUGCACGAAUGAAAUGGUUUCAAGUCACAAGCGGAACAGAAAUCCACAAGGCGGUGCUGAGUUUCGUGAGUUGUUUUGCGGGAGGCGUCUUCCUAUCUGCCUGUUUAUUAGACAUUAUCCCGGACUACCUGUCUGACAUACAUGAAGAACUACAAAUACGAGGCCUUGAUAAUGGCUUCCCGCUGGCAGAGUUCAUCAUGGCAUGUGGCUUCUUCACGGUCCUUAUCCUGGAGAAGAUAGUCAUGAGCUUCAGAGAGAGACACAGAGGUGAAGAGAGGGCCCCUCUGUUAGCCCCGGUGGGCCACGGGCACGCUGACGGACAUCACUCGCUGAACGACCUGGAGGGGAGCGGCCACCACGUCCACGUGGACCUGCACGCUCACUCGUCCUUCCGUUCCUUCAUGCUCUUCCUGUCUCUCUCUCUCCACUCCGUGUUUGAGGGCUUGGCCAUCGGCCUGCAGACCACAGACACCAAGGUGUUGGAGAUCUGCAUCGCUAUCCUGGUCCACAAAAGCAUCAUCGUCUUCAGUCUGUCGGUGAAGCUGGUUCAGAGCGAGGUCAAGCCCCUGUGGGUGGUUCUGUACGUGACGGUCUUCGCCAUGAUGUCUCCCCUCGGCAUCGGGAUCGGCAUCAUUGUGAUCGAGGCCGAGCUGGAGGCCGGAGUGUUGAUCCAAGCGGUGCUGGAGGGGCUGGCGGCCGGAACGUUCAUCUACAUCACAUUCCUGGAGAUCCUUCCACAUGAGCUGAACUCCCCGGAGCGGCCGCUGCUCAAGGUUCUGUUCCUCCUUUGUGGUUUCUCAGUAAUGGCCGCCCUGAGUUUCCUGGGAUGAGAGACGCUUUUAUAUCUCGACAAAGACCGCUUGAGGAGAUGGCGCUCGGCGGGAUGAGGCUUUCAAACGGCUCGUGGUUUCAGUGAACUUGUUUUACAAAGGAGCUUGUUUUAAAAAAAUUCAAUUGACUUUUAUAAAGCACACUUUGAGGAAAACAUGCACACAACUUGGGGCAAUUUUUACUUGAAGUUAAGAUUUCACUUUUUCACAGUGAAUCAGAUUCACUUUCAGAUAUUCUGUACAAAUAACUGACAUCUUUUUCUGUCAUGUUUCUGUAUUUCAGCACUAACUUUAUGUGCCACAUUACCUGUCAGUUUGCUGCCAAACGUUCGACUGAACAUACUGACGUCUGCACUGAUGAUUCUCUAUAAACAUUUGAUAAGAUUUCACAAAAAAAUGGGUGGAACUCAGCUGCCAUAACAGAUCGUUUUCUAUAAUCAUAUUAAUGUGCGAUUUUUAUUUUUUUAAUUGAAUUUCAAGUAUUCGACGCGUACUACAAACAUAUGAAUGAACAUUUCAAACAUGCUGAAUUAACAUGCAGUUUUAUUGUGUGUGCCUUUUUACAGGAUUAAUGACAUUUGUGUUAAACACUAUCAGUAUCUGGGUUUGCGUACUACUGUCUGUAGCAGUUAUGUUUUUUAAUCUGUUUCUAACAAACAUAAAGUAAAACCUAAUGUGUGUACUGUUAUUACUAUACAAACCGCUCUGUUCAAACACACAUAAGUGGGUCAAACAAGACCUCAGUACGUCAUCUUCUCUUGCAAUACCAUCUUUAGCCUUUAGAUGUCAGAUUUGGGCACAGAAAUAAGUGAGAUUUUGGCUGUUACGGCACUAUUUUAUAGUAGUAUGUGCUGUAUUUACAUUUUCUGUAGUUGUGAAAUACCCGGCAAGGUACUUGUUACUUUUUACUGGACUUGAACCAGAAAUAAUAUUAACAUAUCUUUCUUAAAGGGAUAGUUCACCCAAAAUUCUGUCAUCGCGCGUGUUUCAAACUUGAAAAUUAUUUUGAAAAGUGUUAGCAACUUACUUUUUUCUGUUGAACGCGAAAUGAAAAGCCAACAGUUGCUUUCCUUUGCAAACUGUUGCACCUUCGACUACCGUUUAUUUUUCCCACUGUGUAGUCAGAACGAGACCGCUCGUUCAGUGAAGGGCGUAUUCGUUCAGCACAUUCAACCAAUCAUAUGCUCUGUCAAAGCUCACACUCGAACGCCAUUGGCUCGUGCUUUAGUCACUCUUUUAGCCAAGACGCUCUGUGCUCUAGGGAGAGAUUUCAGUGAACGAGAACGAUUCGUUCAAAAACAACGAUUCGUUCACGAACGUAACAUCACUAGUCAGUGAUGUCCCAGAAAUUUUCAUUUUUCCAUAUAUCUUUUUGUUUAACAGAGAAAAUAAAUUUAUACAGAUUUGGAACAACUUGGGGAGGUUAAUUCAUGACUGAAAUUGAUCACAUUAAGAUGUUUAUACACAAAAUAUUAUUAAAAUAACUUUAUUCAAUGAGAUAAAUAACCAAAUGCGACUGAAUUAUUCAUCCAUGUGAUGGGAGUGGUACGUCAGGUGACAUUAUUUAAAACUUUAAGGAUAGAAUAAGGAAAUUACAUCACAACGUAUACCAUGGACUAUGCAUAUGUAGUUGCUUAACCUGCAAGAAUAUUUCAAGGGGAGAUCUUUUCUUGAUCUUUGUGAUCUUUUAGUGGUAAAUGUGCUAUUUUAUUUAAAUACUUGCACUGCCGAAUAUUAAAAUUGUGUCCCUGAUUGUCAACCGCUCUAGACCACAAGUCCAAGAUUUUUCUGACACACCAAUUUCCCUUUUUAAACACCGAAAGGCCGUAGUGGUUAUUUUGUGAAUUCAAUAAACUUUUCCAAUCAUUUUUUGUGGCAAAAAAGACAA